CCUUAACAUCGGAGUCGGUGAACUGGUGAGGACAAUAAUGUCUGCCAGUGUAUUCGUCGUGAAUUUGAAGAUGUAUGAUAAUAACCUUGGAGAUACGCUGUUUCAUGUAUAUACAACCCUCAGCGCUCAACGUGUAUGUAUUUAUGUAUGAGCCUCGCCUUCGAAAGACCUGAUUCUGUCAGGCUUGCAAUUUCAAAUUUACCUGUUCGUGUUUUACAUAAACCCCAUUAGGACCCUGUGCGUAACUGCGGGGCACCACAACGUUAACUCACCUCACUCAUCACCAACUGUCGUUCAUCCCUACAUCACUGUUAUGAUGGAUUGCUUUUUCUGCCUACCAAUCAUGAUCGGUUGCCCCACAAAAAUCAAGCCCGAUGGAAAUCAAGCAGCGAGAAUAUGCCCCCGGUGCCAUAACGCUGCGAUGUUCUCAGCAAAAUCCAGGACGUGGUUCGAGCUGUGUUUCGUCCCGCUCAUUCCUAUGAACUCGAAGCAUGUUUGGAUGUGUGGGAUAUGUCAGCUGCAGGUGGAAAUGCAGCCUGGGUGGGAGCCUCAGAUCGCACAAGCUGGGUAUCAGCACCCGCAAUUGCAGGGUCAGUAUGGGUCGUCUCAGGGCACUGGAUACCAGCCUGGCUACGUCCAACCUCAGCAGAAGUAACGCACAGAAUGACGAGCGCGUCGCAUCAUUGAUUAUGUUUGCCCUUCUGCAUACCUUGUAGGAUGAGG